CUUUCGCUCUCUGGCUGGGCUGUAUUGUAAUACACAUAUAGACACUACUUAGUGCUUUGGAAAGAGGGUUGAGCCUCACACACACAACCAGAGCAGCUUCUCAAUGGGGGGACGGAGCCAAGAGGAGACAGAACUAUCGUUCCGCUGGAGCCAAUCUCCGUCCGUAUCUGAGAAGUGAGGAGGCAAAUUAACUCCCUGUCGUCACGAGAGGGUUUCAUCCUCACAGGAGUAAGAAGAGAGAGAAAAGGGAGAGGGAGAAAGAAGGAGAGAAAGGAGCUGCUGUCUGCGCUGAUAUAUAGGUGACCUGAGCAGCUUUCCAUCCUGUAAACCCUGGCUAGUUUGUGACAGAGUGUCGUGGCUGUGAGCUGAGGAGGUUUCUGGUGACUGCACUCUCAGGAUUUCAGACGGACAGUGAGAGGAGGGAGCCGAAACAACAGAGCCCCUCACCCUCUUAUCCUGCAGCGCUGUGCUCAUUUACACCUGGAUCUUUGUUGGGAAUCCCUGGCCUCAGACUAUGGAUGGAUUUAAGACAGUGUUGUGAGUCUGUUGGACAGACGGCGAUACUGACAGCAGGGCUCCUUUUCUUCUGACCAGACAGAACACUCAGCCGCUCUGCCAUGUCCUGGUUCCUGGGCCUGUGGAUUAGCCUAGGCUUCCUGCUGCUGUGCCAGGCCACACUGUACGAGACUAUCCAGCAGCACCACGUUCCGCGGCCCGGACGCAAUGCCAUACAGAUCCUGGAAGGAGGUACGUGUGAGGUGAUCGCAGCCCACCGGUGCUGUAAUAAGAACCGUAUCGAGGAGCGCUCCCAGACUGUCAAGUGCUCCUGUCUACCGGGAAAGGUGGCCGGGACAACACGCAACAAACCCUCCUGUGUGGAUGCGUCCAUUGUGAUUGGGAAGUGGUGGUGUGAGAUGGAGCCGUGUCUGGAAGGAGAGGAGUGUAAGACUCUGCCUGAUAACUCUGGAUGGAUGUGCUCCUCUGGGAACAAGAUCAAGACCACAAGGAACACUGCGCCAUACUCACCUUUUUAGCUCUGGAAGCAAAAUGCAGAGGAUGCUUCAACAGAAACUGAGCUGCAUUCUUGCUUCUGUAAAGAUUCACCCCAGGACCUAACAAAGAGCUCCCUUGCAGGCUCCCAGCCAGGAUCCCCUCCCUCCGAACGGACUAAAACUAUUACAUCAACUGGAUUACCUGUGACUGCAAAAAAAGGAUAUCCUCCUAGAUAAAACAGCUUCGCUCGGGUGGUGCCAAGGAUUUUAGACCAGACUAAUCCCUUUUUGAUCAAUGAGCCUCACGCCGGGACUCUCCUCCACAACAACCACGGCCAAUUUCCUACAUGCUCUUUUUUUCUCCCUUUCGAAACUAAAACAGCUUAGCAGGGGUUAUUUAGAGGUUGUAAAAACGUUAUUUGAAGACACUAACGCCUCCCCAAAGGUAAACUAUAUUAUCCUCACUGAGCCUCAGUGCCACUGAGCAAGGGAUCCUACAGGAUCAGUGGCACGUUGGAGGGACAUUAUGUGGGGAUCGAUUGAACCUUUUUCAAUAAUCCUUGUCAUCGGCGUCCAUCUUAGAAGCGACAUCUCAGCAUGCCAGCUUUGUUGUGACUGUGCGGAGCCUGGGCAGUGACCCUGACUGCUGUCGACUCUGCCUACGCAACGCAAUACCCCCAGGAACAACAAUAACACAGCGCUGAUUAAACAGACACUCAGAGGUCACAGGGGUCAACCCAGGGGCCCAUAGUCACUGUCCAUGAUUGACAUGUCAUUCAGAACUGUUCUUUGUUGGCACGCUCUAUUUAAUUCAUUGGAGCUUUUUCUUUGUACAUAGUAUACUUGUGUGUAUAUAUACUGUAAAUACAGGAUAAAGAAGGCAGUUUGAGGGCUCUCUUAUACAGUAAACAUAUCCUGCAAGGAGAUCCUUCCAUGGAAUUCUUCAGUUCUAUCCCUGAUUAUGAAGUACAGUGAAUUCCUAGUCAAAGGUAGUGGUUGAAUAUCCUCUCUGUGUAUAGGACUGUUUGCAGUGUUUGAUUUCAUUGAGAAUCUCUGGAAUACACUUUGCGGGAUCAUAAUGAGAAAGUAUUGGUCUCAUUCACCCUUCAGUGAUGUGCUUGGAAAACAGGAAUCCCUGUAGCUUCUGUAAAGAUUAUUAAACCACUGUACAGAACUGCCUCACAAAAGAAACAAGCAUCAACAGUGACCCAAGUCCUCUUUUUUUGUUAUAAAUUAUAGAUAACAACAGUGCAACUGGGUCCUGGUUCUGAGACUUAUUUUAUGUCCUGUGUCUGCUAUUGAGAAUGGUUGUGGACUUGACUUUGCUUGUUGUGCGUAGAUUCCACACUGACACACUGAAAGACUUCCCAGAGGAUAUUUUGGAAAAUACAUUGAGAAAGUAUUGGACACAUUGAACAGACAUGCAGUACCUUCACUAGAUAUACAUACAGUCUUAUCAGAAUUAAAGGGGUUUU